GGGAGGCGCUUAGAACAUAUCCGUUGAAAGGGAAGAAUACAAAAACAUCACAACACGCGGAGUGUGUGUGACAGAAACCGCAUAAAUUGACAUUCGGAAUGCUCUGGAUAAAGGUGGCAUGUUGCGAGUUAUUAUAGAGACAAAGCGGUAAAUCAAUUGCGACAUUGUUUGGCGCUACUGUUGCGCUGGUUUUGUUACAUUUGUCCGAGGGCGUCACAAAGUUGCUCAAUUGUAGGCACAGCAGUAAGCGAUAAGGAUAAGGCGGCAAUAUGUCAAUGCUCAGCAAUAAAACAGACGAUGAAAUUAUGUGGUUGUUAGACGACUACGGGAUCAAACAUGGGCCCGUUGUUGGUACAACUCGACAUUUAUACGAGAAGAAGCUAAGAGACGCUAUCACAAAGGCCAAAAAGACAAGAGUGAAGAAAGGCAGACCACCGAUUGACAUGUCCAUGUACAGAGACGAGGGGGAGGAAGAGGUCACGUAUGAACCACGCCGGCCUCAGAUCAGAGAAGAGGAUUUCAGAGAAAGGCAAUCAUGGGCAUUUGCUGAACGGGACUUUGUAGAUGACUACAGGACACAAGCGACCUUCCGAGGCACGGCUCAGUCAGCGCCUCCUCCUUCGCGGUGGGGAACUGCACCUCCUCCUGCAGAGGAGGAGGAGGAGGUGGUGGUGGAGGAGAAGAAGACCUCCACACCUUGGGUACCGCUGUGGGUCAAGUUUCUGGUCUUCCUGGUGGUGGUUGGCGUCCUCGUCUUGGUCUUCCUCAACAUGGAGCCAGAGGAGAGUGAGCCUGCUAAGCGGUUGACCUAAUCACCCAUGCAUGUUUGUGCUCUCAUGUCAUGUCAUAUUACGUUUAGUGUUUGGCUAAUACAUGUAGGUCUAUGUCUGCCAUUGACCCAUAUUUUUGUAGGAGGUUCAGUGUGGGGCACUUAAGUCACGCCCUCUACUUCCUGGUUCAUGGGGCAGACAGUUGCUAAAAAUUGAAUGGAAGUGAACGAGGCGAGUCGUGGUGGACUUGUGGUGCAUAAGUGGAGGUCCAAGGUUUGGAUUGUUGUCGAAAAACCUCUCAUUUCAAGCCCAGUAAUUAUUUUUUGACUCCCUCUGCCCCAUGAACCAGGAAGUAGAGGGUGUGACUAAGGUGCCCCAUCACCAGGUAUUACAGUACAUAUGCACACGGAAAUGGCCAAGGCAUAGUCAAGUGUCUGGGUUUGCUAAUGUGACAUUGUGAUUUUUCUUCACUCUUCAUGUAGUAAAAGGCUGGAUGCGCACAGAUGCUGGAUCUCAAAUGGUGCACUUGUGCACUUCAGUGUUCAUGUUUCAGUGCGCAUGGCAUAUUAAUUACGCACUGAAACUAAGUGCCCAAACAAAGUGCACAAGCGCACCAUUUGAGACACAACAAGUGUCUGAGAUGUUGAGAGAACUUAAGGACCUCUUCCAUGUGGAAUUAUGUAAGGUUUUUUUAUCUCAUGUCGUACAUCUUAGUGUUUGGGUAACAGGUCUAUGUGUGCCACUAAAACAUAUUUUUGUUGAGGGUUCAGUAUUGCAUAUACACAGGGCUACAGAAAUAGCCUUGACAAUAGUCAAAUGUCUGGGUUUGCUAAUGUGAUGUUCUUGUAUUUGCUUAUUUUAUGUUUGCAAUAAUGUGCAUGUAGUGAAAGGCAGGAUGUCUAUAGUUGUCUGAGAUGUUGAGGCAACAAGGACAAGGACCUAUUCCAUAGGGAAAUGUGUAAGGUUUUUGAUCUCGUAUAGUAAAUUUUAGUGUUUGGCUAGUCGGCCUAUUUCUUCUGUUAAAACUUUUUUUUUUCAAAUACACAGAACAUGGAAAUAGCCUCGACAUAGUCAAAUGUCUGGACUUGCCAUGGUGGUAUUCAUAUCUGCUCAUUUUUGAUUGCAAUGAUUUUCAUGUAGUGAAAAGCUGGAUGGUCAGAGUAUCUGACAGGGAUGCUAAGGGAACUUAAGGACCUCUUCCAUAGGGAACUGCGUAUGGUUUUUCCCCCCCCGAUGGGAAUAGCAUGGUAGAACACUGCGCAAGCCAUCAUGGUUUAACUGUGAACAAGCAAUCAUGGUAACUGUGAAUGAUCAUAUCCGUGGCUUAAGCAUCCUAAAUGUGAUGAAUGAUGCACUUGCUCCUUCCUGUUCAAGUGUAUUGAUCGUAUUGAUUAACUGUCUACAGUGAGGGAACUGAAAGGUGUAUGAACAAAGGUCUUGUAUUCUAAGAACACUCUGGUACGAAUGUGCCAACAUCUAAUAUUGCAUGUGGUAUUUAUAUUUUCUACGCUUAUAAAGAGUAGAUCUAUAUAUUUUUUUGUGAGUGAAUGAUGAGGAUGGGUGCAUUUUCCUGUUGUACAAAAAAACAUUUAACCACUAUUGUUAUGCACUGGUAAAUCAUUACAUGUUCUAGUACACAAUUUUAGUUUAAGUGUUUCAAUAUGUCUUAAGUCUUGUAUUGAUUUGGCUAUGUACAACUUUAAUUUGCAUUUUUUAAAAUAUUAAAUGAAUUAAUUCA